GUUGAACCCUUCUCUCUCCAGCGAAUGCAACGAUGCGAGUGGAUACUUAAGUUAUAUGUAACGUCGGUUAGCUACAUACCAAUUACACUGUGGAGUAAACAACUUUUUUUAACAUAGACAAGACGGAAUGAACCGAAUUGUGGAUUCAUCGUGGUCCUUUUUUGUUCUACUCGUUGUUAAUACGGGAUUGCGCACAAACAGUCUGAAGGUGAUUGGAGGAAAGAGGACUGUUAUCCUGGCCAAAGAUGCUGACCUUUUCUGCAGAUUGUCUGAGGCUGAGGAGUUUGAUCAGAUAACAUGGCAGAAAGAGACCCGGGAAAAUCCCAACAAACAUAAUUUCCUUGUCAUUAAACCCGAUGGGACUACUAGCAAUGUGAAUGGGUUGAAAGGAAGAGUUCUGUUUAUUGGGAACACAUCAGAUUAUCUUGGAUCGAUUCGAAUAAGAAAUGUCACGCUGUUGGAUGAAGGCACCUACACAUGCAUCUUCAGUGUUUCCAGUGGACCAAUCCAAACAGAGAUGUCUCUGACUGUGAUCGUUCCUCCAGUGAUGUCAGUGACAGGUCACGUCUCUCCUGUGGUGGACAAUGAAGUCGUCUUGGUAACCUGCAUUGCUGCAGCUGCCAAGCCAAAGGCAGAAGUCUUUUGGAACACUGGUGCUUUAAACAAAUCAUUGAGGUGGGUGACAAACUCCACCCAGCACGCCAACGGCACCAGUACAGUACUCAGCCAGCUUAUUGGGCUCCCAACCAGAACAGCCAAUCAGAAACAGGUUCAGUGUGUGGUCAACCAGUCUGCCCUGGAAGAAGAAAGAACCCUCUCCUACACCAUAGACAUCCACUAUCCACCUCAGACAGUAAACAUUAAACCUUCCUCCCAAGACAAAUACUUCCUGUGUGUUGCAGAUGGCAACCCAAAGCCCAACUACAUCUGGAGCAGGCAGGCUGUACAGCUCUCUCCGUUCCCGCACCAGCAGGCUCAGAAACAGUUUCUAUCCAUCUGCUGUAACCAUGCUGAAUUACGUGACCCAUCCCAUCACUAACUAUGGCCACCCUCUGCACUACUGGACUAGUCUGGUAAGAUUGUUCAGUUCACGUGUCUUUGCUGCUAUUCCUGUAUUUAAUUUGCACAUGCCGACUUGCACCUUAAACUAGCACCUUAACCCUGCCCUCACUGCACACUGCACACUGCACAUUUAGAACUGCCACUGUACUUGCAUUUUCAAUUGUUACACACGUCUACCUCAUUGCUGCUGUCCCUGCAUUGCAGUUGCACAUGCUACCCUACUCCUUCAGUUGGCCUCGAUUGCAAAAUCAGAAUGCCAUUGAGAAUUGCCACAACUAUUUGUCUCACUUGUACAUACAUUAUACUUAAUACCUAUACAUUUUCUGUAAAUUUGUGAAUUUCCCACUGCACAUUUAGAAUUACCACAUGUGAUGCUUUUGCAUUGCACAUCGAGACAUUCCACUUGUAUAUGCAUAUACUUGUACAUUUUUCUGCACUCCUCUAUUUGCAUUUCUCGCUAAAUGCAACUGCAUUUCGUUGUACUGUUCAAAGACUAAGUUAAAUCUAGUCUAAUAUCAAGCGCUUCACACUAACAAAGAGAUUAAGCUUACUUUGUGUGGCAUACUAUGGCAUAGUUUUCAAGUACUCCUAGAUUACUGCAAAAACAUUGUUCGGCCUUAGAGUUACCUAAAGGAGUCCCUCAGGUUCAAUAAUUGGCCCAUUAUUGUUUUCACUUUAUAUAAAUUACAUUGGUGAUGUCAACAUUUUUAUUUUCCGUUUGUAUGCAGAUGACACAGGGAUGUACUCUAUUGCUCCAACAGCUGACCAAGCAUUAUUGCCGUUAGUCUGAUUGUAAGAUACUACAGAGAUCUCUUUUACAGCUUGUUUGUUGUUACCACUUAUUUUAUAUGCUUUUUCUAGGUCCAAACUCUCAAUUAGAAAUACAAUUGUAGUCUAAUUACUAACUUGGUAUGUACUCAAAUUGAACAGGUCUAUCUUAAAAAACAUCCUACCGAAUUGGGGAAAGAAGUUAACAUUCAAGUUAGGGUUGCUUUAUAGAAACAGGGCUUGUCUGUCCUCUGUAAAUAGAAGACUAAUUGUGCAUGCUACUUUUGUCUGUUGUAGAUUAUGGUGAUAUUAUCUAUAUGCAUGAUACGUCAUCUACAUUAAAACCACUGGAUUCUAUUUUGAACUUCGGUUAAUCACGGGUGAUAGUUACAGAACUCAUGACUAUUCUCUAUCAACGUGUGGGUUGGGCCUCUUCUUCUGUGAGUUGGAAGCUCCAUGCUCUCUUGUUUAUUUAUAAAGCACUUCUUUUAAAGCUACCUUCAUAUAUAUCAUCAUUAAUUUCCACUAGACUUACUAAUUUCAAAACCAGAUUACAGAUGUGGAUUACUUUAGGGCCUCCAGAUGUCUCCAUAGAGUUGGGUGGGACUGCUUUCAGCUCUUUUACAUUUUAUUGAUGGAACUAAUCCAACUUAAAUUAGAAGCUGGUGUCCCUUGUACCUAAUUAAAAAUGUAAUGGAGGACCAUUAUGAUGUUGUCUGUAAUUUUUUUAUUUGAAUUGCAUUUUGGGAAAUGUAUUUAUAAAUAUUUUAGUUUUUGUGUCGAAGCUGUAUAUGUAAACAUGUCUACACACGGUACAGAUGUACAAGAGAUCCAGGUUUCACUCUCUUUUCCCUGUUAAAAUUAAGUUAAAAUAUAUUUCAUUCAACCAGCCUGCUACCGACCCACACUUUAUCCAGAUAACAGAUAUUAUAUGACCCUAAACCUUCCUGCUGCAUGGAUAUAUCCAUGGAAACUUCGGGUUAUUAUAUGAUGCUACCAGUAUCACUACUAGGCCGGUAGACCAAGAGCUCAGUUUGUGGCUGCGCGAUCCCAUGCCUGAGGUAUGUGAAAAUAUUUUUUAUGGAAUAUCAGACUCUGAAUACACUACAACAAAAAUGUAUACUUAAACAUAAACUUAGCCGUUGAGUACCUGCUGAAGGACAGUGUUAAGAAAUGGAGAGAAUAUAGCACAGCUGUGAAUCUGCUAGAACAGGCCAUCCACAAAAACUGAUUAUCCAGGCAAGAACGGAAGUGAUCAGGCAGCCUACUAAGAGGCAUAUGGAAACUCUGUUACAAUCUUCUGUAGCUGAGCUAAGAGACACUGUCAAUACUGAAACAAUAGCCUGGAUUCUCACUAGGACUGUAGUGGGGCCCCUGGAAUUCUUUGAACCAGCUUUCUUUUAUAUAACAAAGUGUCUUAUUUGACAGCUUCUAUGUAGUGAUAAGAAUUGUGUUUGGCUGAUAUGGUUUAUCCGUAGCGACUUCUGCCUCUGUGCUGACCUGCUCUGAUAUCUCCCUAACCACUUCAGGGCUAGACGUAUCCCUAGCAAUGAUUAACUGCUGCUCAUCUCCCAAUUUCGUUUCUAGCUAUAUCUAUUUAAUAGUACUCAAACUAGGUAGCUAUGUCACUCACUUUUGUCUUUGCAUUAAAAGAAAAAACAUCUGUAUGUUCAACCUAGGUCGCUUCUUGGUUGGUGACAUCUCGGUGCUAGCUGUUAGUAAAGUGAACAGUGUUAAUGUUAGAUUGUAUGCUAGCUAGCAAACAAAACGUUAGCUAGCUAGCUAAUAUGUACAGUAUCUCACGAAAGUGAGUA